AUGAACACAAGUUCAAGCUUUGAUGAGCACCAAUGGGUCAUUCAAAUACGCCUAGCCCUCGAUGAAGAGCUUGAAGAAAAUACCCAUGAAAUCCCAGUCAGCAUCUUCAAUGUCCCAAGGCCCCUAAUGGCUAGCAACCCAGAUUCUUACACCCCACAAGAAGUUGCAUUAGGCCCUUACCAUUAUUGGCGUCCCGAGCUUUAUGAAAUGCAGAGAUAUAAGAUCGCAGCAGCACGGAGAACUCAGAAACAGCUUCAAAACCUCAAGUUUCAACAUGUUGUUGAAAAGCUGAUGAAGUAUGGGCCUAGGAUUCGAGCUUAUUACCACAGGUAG